AUGGAGGAGGAAGAGAGCCCAGUGGCAGAUUUCUUGACUUACCUCUCUGCAUCGCAGGAGGCCCUGCAGGCAGAUGUCCAGCCCAGAGCUGGCUGCCUGGCCAGGGUAGGGACAUGUGGCUGCCCAGGGCCAUGGGAUGGGGCAGACACGCGAGGCCAACGCCUCUGCACUGACGUCUUCAUCUGCACAAGCCCCAUCAAGAUGUUCAAGUACUGUCCCUAUGAGAAGUAUGCCUGGGUAGAGAAGCACCUCGGCCCUGACUUUCUGGAGCAGAUUGUGCUGACCAGAGACAAGACCGUGGUCUCUGCUGACCUUCUCAUAGACGACCGGCCGGACAUCACAGGCAAGUGGCCUGCGGCAGGGGCUGAGCCAACCCCCAGCUGGGAGCACAUCCUCUUCACUGCCUGUCACAACCGGCACCUGCAGCUGCAGCCCCCCCGCCGCAGGCUGCACUCGUGGGCAGACGAUUGGAAGGCCAUUCUGGACAGCAAGCGGCCCCGCUGAGCUGAGCUGGACUGUGCUUCGUGGGGCUCCCAGCUGGGGGCCUGUGGGGUCCAUGUGCUGGCCUGGGGGUCCCUCCCAGACUCCCGGGGCCCAUGACCUCCUGCUGCAUGUCCUUUCCCUUCCCCAGCCCUGCCAGGCCUUAACCUGAUCUCAGGGCAGGGCUGGGCCCUCCAGGCCCUUGGACACAGACACGUGGUCCCAGGCCAUUCAGCCUGACCUCAGGCAGCAGGCUGCAAGCUGCCAGAAGCCGGGGGGCUCAGGACAGGGAGGAGGUGGGGCCACUGUUUGGGGGCUGGUGGCCCUCUCCACUCCCUAGCAAGUUCUCUGAGGCGGUGGGGGGGUUCCCUUUUCCUGGGUCUGCAGCCAUCAGCAAGGAGGGCCAGGAACCUGGCGACCAAGGUGCUUCCAGGUGGGGAUGAGCCCCUCAUGGUCUCAGCCACGGCACCCCUUAUUCCAGCGGCCCUGCCACAGCACCCCUUAUUCCAGCGGCCCUGCCCCGCCUGCUCACCCCACACGACCUGCCGUGUAUUCAGCAAACACUCAUUAGGUGACAGCGGCCACCAGGCUCUGUGCUGGGGGACAACGAUACCGGCCCUGGCCUCAACCAGCUCAGAGGUUUCUCGCACCUCUGUCCCCAGGGCCCCACUCAGGGCCCAGCAGAGAGUCCGUCGGCUUGAACGUGUGUUGAGUGCAUGAAAAAUAAAUGCUGUUCACGUGUGUA